AUGACUACCUCGGUCAAACGUAACUCCGGAGACAGCGAGCGAUUGCGGAUACUCGCGAAGGAAGGUCAGAAGGCCCACUCGUUUAUUUGUGGCGAACCCGCAUCUGGCACAAACAUGGCCGACUUCUCGACAUAUCAUUCUUUAGGCCAGGGUGAGGAAGACAUGAGGACGGCGGGUGUGCCGCCGCAGUUCAACCCUCCGAUUGCUCAAGAGCACCCGAGCUACCAGCACAAUAAGUCUCCACAUGGGGAUAAUCUGUCCCCAAUGGGCACCAUGGACUCAGCCGGAUAUUCGUCAGGAUUGCCUGGGGAAACUCAAGGAGGAGAUACAAUGGGAGGAUUAUCAUCUCAGAUGGGCGGCUUAGGGAUCAGUGGAGCCAUGGGCGGAAGCGUCCGUACUCACAAGAAAAAGGAUAGACAUGCUUAUCACGAUAUUGGUGUGCCGUCUCCUACCUCACAAACAUUCAAUGGGAUGGCACAAGGUGGGAUUCAGCUUCAAUCAGGAAUGAACCCACAACUUCCACCGAGCUCUCCAUAUCCUCACCUAGCUUCUCCAGGCUCACAGCACCCCUUACAAUCGGGACAACCCUUUGGUGGGAGCGCUAAAUUUUCUUCUGCUGGAGAUGGCUCGGUUUCUACCCAAGGGAAGGUUGACCCUGAACAAGUUCCAGGCGUUCCAAUUGCACGCGAUGUUGCUGCACAUAUUAUCUCAACCACGUAUAUGCCACGAUGGAACGUCACAUACCCCCCCCCAGCACUGUCCCUUUCGUAG